GUGGAUGGGAGCCGGUGGUGGAGGCGGCGGGGAGCGGAGCCCGGAGCGCCGGGGAAAGCAUUGGACACUUUUCCACCAUGCUGAUGGCAUUUUAAAUAUAUUUGUCAAUUUUCCCAAAUUUUAACUGAAGACCACCUUGAGCAUUUAUACUUGAGGACUAAAGUGUGACCGCCAAUUAUCAGGUUUUCAGGAUGAAUCUAGAAAAACUCAGCAAGCCUGAACUCCUAACACUAUUCAGUAUUCUUGAAGGAGAGCUUGAAGCGAGGGACCUUGUGAUAGAGGCUUUAAAGGCCCAGCACAGAGAUACCUUCAUUGAAGAGCGCUAUGGAAAAUACAACAUCAGCGAUCCUUUAAUGGCUCUGCAGAGAGACUUUGAAACACUGAAGGAGAAAAAUGAUGGCGAGAAGCAGCCAGUUUGCACGAACCCACUGUCUGUUCUGAAGGCGGUGAUCAAACAGUGCAAGGCCAUGCAGGAGCACAUGCUGUCACAGCUGGCCGCAGCUGAGAGCAGGCACCGGAAAGUGAUCCUAGACCUUGAAGAAGAAAGGCAGAGGCACGCACAGGACACAGCAGAAGGAGAUGAUGUCACCUACAUGCUGGAGAAGGAGAGAGAGCGGCUGACCCAGCAGCUGGAGUUUGAGAAGUCCCAAGUGAAGAAGUUUGAGAAGGAGCAGAAGAGGCUGUCCAGUCAGCUGGAGGAGGAGCGCUCCCGCCACAAGCAGCUCUCAUCCGUGCUGGUGCUCGAGUGCAAGAAGGCCACGAGCAAGGCGGCCGAGGAGGGGCAGCGGGCGGGCGAGCUGAGCCGGAAGCUGGAGAAGGAGAAGGGCCGCGUGUGCCAGCUGGAGGAGGAGCUGGCGGCCGAGCGCAGACGGGGCCUGCAGACCGAGGCCCGGGUGGAGAAGCAGCUGUCCGAGUUCGACAUCGAAAGGGAGCAGCUGAGGGCCAAACUGAACCGGGAAGAGAACCGGACCAGGACUCUGAAGGAAGAGAUGGAAAGUCUGAAGAAGAUCGUGAAGGAUCUGGAGGCUUCCCACCAGCAUGGUUGCCCUACCGAGCAGUCCAAGAAACCCGUAACCGUGUCGCAGGGCACGGCGACGGAGCCGCCCGUGCUGGUGUCUGUAUUCUGCCAAACAGAAGGUUUCCAGGCGGAACGAACCCACGGGAGCAACGCGGCCAAGGUGCCCACCGCUGGGCCGCCUGCCCCCACCACUCCCACUUACUCUUAUGCAAAAACCAAUGGCCAUUUUGAGCCAGAGAUUCAAACUGCCAAGGAGACGGUUCCGGGCAGCGUCGUGGAACCCCAAGUGCCUGCACGAGAGAGAUCUGUGGGGCUGGGCCAAGAGAGAGCAGUGGAGAACGGCGGGUGCGCUGUGGGACUCGAGACUCCUGUCCCGGCACCUGGUCACCUGCCGUCUGGCGGGGGCUCGCUCUCUCCCAGCAGCACCGCCUCCUCCUCUCUCACAUCCUCUCCUUGCUCCUCCCCAGUGCUAACGAAGCGCCUAUUGGGGUCCUCGGCCAGCAGCCCCGGCUACCAGUCAUCCUACCAAGUAGGGAUCAACCAGCGGUUCCACGCAGCUAGACACAAAUUCCAGUCCCAGGCAGAUCAGGACCAGCAGGCCAGCGGCCUGCAGAGCCCUCCAUCCAGGGACCUGUCACCCACGCUCCUAGACAACUCUGCCGCCAAGCAGCUGGCCCGCAACACGGUCACUCAGAAACCGAGUCGUUUGGAUUUGUAUGACUCACACCUUCGUACUAACGCUGGAAGGGCACCUCAAAGACAUCUCCAGCUCAGCAGAAUCGCCGUCCUGUUAUGAUGGAGAAAGCUAAUUGAGAACCAGGUGACGAUUUGCUAUUUUGGGACUAGAAUCACUCAACAUUCAUUUUGAAUUAUGCAGAAAGUGGUUCGUGCCGAUUUUCAUUCCAGAUGAACGUGUUUAAAAAGUGCCUGAAAUAAGACUGCCACAUGAAUGUGAUUCUGCAGCGAAAACACAAAAAUGAACCAUCUAAUUGCAGAAAAUGAGAUCCUCCGUGAAUCCUGAAUGUUAGAAACCAACCCUGCUUUCGAUCCUCUUUUUACUGUUUUUAACGUAAGCUCUGUGUCCAGAACCAAGGCUGCGUCGGUAGGACAGGAGUCCUGAAGGUGGGUGCGGACUGCCCACAACGCUAAGCCUUUUAGAGCCCUUGCGAAACCCUCCCAAGCAGUAAGCAGCUGGGGUACUGAUUUCCUUGCACUUCUGAGAAAUCAGGUCACUCCCAGCUUCCUGCAUAAAUUCUUGACUAGAAUGAAAUUGCAUCUCCUUUCAAAAAAAUGUCUCCAGGCAUCUACUGUUGUGUAAGGAACUUCUGAUUCCGACCGCUAUUACUUGAAUAGGAAAUGGCGACUCAUUCUGUAUAAAAGUUUUGCAACAGAAUGAGAUCCUUAUUCUGUAAUCAAAAAGCAAUAACUUAAAAUUCACUCUCUUGGUAAUAUUAUAAGGCAGACUUAUACAGGUUUUACCAAGUGUACACUUCUCCGAGCUGCCAGCACUUGGUGUCUGUAUCUGUGGAACCAAAUUAACUUUUCCCUAAAUGGAAUAUAUCUGUAUAGAUGCACACCCCUUUACGUGUUUAACAUACACACACUUACACACAUAAAUAUUAGUGUGAUUAUAUCUUUGGAGUUUGCAAUAUAGCAUAAAGGACGAGUAGACAUGCACAUUAAGAUUACCUGUCACCGCAACUAGAUGGGGCUGGGACCCAGUCAGUCAAAGGAGGAAUCUUGUCCCCGGGGACAUGGGGCAGUUCCAGAUGAAGUCAGGUCUUCAGCAUCCCGAAAAGCCAGAGCCAAACUCCCCCCAGCGUCACAAAACUCCACUGGCCAUAUGCAUGAGUGAAACAGGUCUCGACCAAGCGCUGUAAGACAGCUAGGAGAGGGGAAGCUGCAGCAAACAUAAGUCCAGACCCCUGUGGAAGGAAAGGGCCUCCCUGUUCAGCUCCAGGAGCUGCUUGCUGCCAUGUGAUAGGCUAGCCCGGGGUUACCAGCUCAAGUUUUCAGGAAGGCCAGAUUUUUGUAGAAACAUUGUCAUUUUUAAAUAUCAAGACAGCUUCAAAAACAAUUUUAAACUGCUGGUUAAACACUGGUGCAGCUGGGUUUAGCUCAGAAGCUGCGAAGUUGCAACCAUGUUCGUUCUAGAAACUUCCGUCAUUUCGAUCAUUGUGAGUUUGUGAGGACAGACCCCUCCACUCUUCAACUUGUAGGCUAGUUCAGCUGACAGAGGCCAUAGAAUAUAAUGAGGAUCCUUGUCUUCCAAACAAGACUUUGCAACCCAGCUCAGACAAGGUGCUCUGUGACUGUGGCCAGAGGGAUGGACAGGCCUUGGUGUCCUCAUGUCAUUCUCCCCAGCCAACGUCUACCCAGCAGCCCUAGCCUGCUAUAAUUUAAAUCUCCUUCCUCCCAAUCCAAGGUGAAUUGAUGGGGGACAGACAGGUGAUGGAAAUCAAUGCAUAAAUCACAAUUGGUUUCUCCAGGGCUUACAGUUUGAUUAAGGCCAACACAGCAAAAAUUAAAACACUACUAGUGGCCCAGGGCAUCUACCAGUGAUGAAGAAACCGCCCACUGCAAUCAUGCAUUAAAUUUUAUUCCCACGCAUAGCCAAACGAGGUGUUGAUGAUAACAUAGCUGAACUUUCAAAACAGGAGAGGGGGCUAUAACCCCGGAGUUAUUACCUCUCUUGCUUGAAAUGGUAAUCUUAAAAGUCGCUUUGUACUCUUCCUUUGUUUUGGCAUAGAUAUAUAUAUAGAGAGAGAAAUACUAUAAGGAGGUUUAUUUCUUAGGAAGUGCACUGAAUAAUGUAUUUCUUUUACAGUGUAAUUCGGGGGUGGGGAAAUGCAAAAGAAAUGUGUAUUUUUGCUAGUUGCCUCUCUUCUAAGAUAAAUAAGCACAAUAUUGCAAUGGAUCCAAUAAUCCAGUUAGGUAUUCUAGAUUAGUAUUUAAGUUCGCUGUAGAUUGUGUGUGUGCUAAGUAAAAGUUCCAUGAUUCAUGAUUUCAGUAUUAACCCAUGUUGUGAAAGCUGUGUUACUAGUCAACAGAUUAUAAUGGAUGUGCAACACAUAACACGAGCAUUGACUAAACCGUCGUGUGUAAAGCCAAAUGUACCAUGCAGAAGUCUUCAUCCAUUUUUAUAGCAGAGCCCAUUAAAACAAGUUAAAUCAUUC